UCAUAGCGUGUGGUACGUUGUAACGUGAAUUAGAAAAAAAUUAACGCGACAUCGUGUAUUUAAUCGCAAAUACGCUUUACGUUUCUAUCGUUUAUAAUCUUUCGGUAGUCGAAGUUGCUUCAAAAAUACGAUCAUCGAUCGAACAAAUUAUUCAGAGUCCUCGAAAGAUUGGUUCAAUCGAUUUUAUAGUGUGUCCGUGUCGCGUCACCGUCGAUUUCCGUGUUUGUGACCAGCACAGCUUCCUUGAUGAUGCACAAUGAAUUCUGAAGAGCCAAACUUCGCGAACACGAGAACCCUGCACUUUCAGAAUCUCGAUAUAAGCGAGAAUGUCAAAGAAGAGAGCCCUCGGUCGGAACGGGGAAACAUCUUCGACAACGUUUAUAAAUUGACCACCACAGACAGAAAUCCGACAUGGUGGAAGAGGAGAUCGGCGUUGGAACGCGGUUUAACCGUGAUUGCAGUUUCCGGGGUGCUUGUGUGCAUCGCCUUAGCCGUUGCACUCGGCGUCCUGGCUGCGAAUACCGCAUCCUGCAGCUCGGCAGCGAGAAACGAACCCGUUAACACAGAGGGAUUACCAUCCACAGCCGAUGCCCUAAAUGGAUACCAGAGUUCAAAAGACAUUCAGAUAGUGGACCGAGGGCCACCCUGCGAUGAAAACGUGUGUUACACACCGGAAUGCAUUCACACCGCCUCUAGGAUAUUGAAGAACAUGGACCCAGAGGUAGAACCGUGCGAUGAUUUCUACGAUUUCGCUUGCGGCGGUUUCCUUAAGUCUACCAACAUUCCUGAUGACAAAACGAGCGUGAAUACGUUUACGGAAAUCAGUGACGAAUUGCAAAAUCAAUUACGGACCAGCAUCGAGGAGAAGAGUCCACCUAACGAGCCGAAAUCGUUCAGACUUGCGAAGAAUCUAUACAAAGCUUGUAUGAAUAAAACGGUGAUCGAGCAACAGGGUUUGGAUCCACUGAUAAAAAUCUUAGAAAAACUCGGUGGAUGGCCAGUGUUGGAAGGCGAUGAUUGGAACGAGACCGAAUUCAGUUGGACAGAUUCGGUGUACAGAUUCCGGAAGAUGGGUUACUCGGUCGACUAUUUCAUCGACUUCAGCAUCGGCGUCGAUCUGAAGAACAGCACGCAACGAAUAAUUGAUCUGGACCAAGCAUCCCUUGGGCUGUCUCGUGAAUAUUUGUCAAAGGGUUUCAAUGAUAAAAUCGUGCAAGCUUAUUAUAGCUACAUGGUUGACAUCGCGACAAUUCUUGGCGCUAAUAAAACUACUGCAAAGUCGGAAUUGAAGGAAUCGUUGGAAUUUGAAAUUAAACUUGCCAAUAUUUCAUUACCAAAUGAGAAGCGUCGUAAUGCUACCCUUCUUUACAACCCGAUGACGGUACGAGAAUUAUCGUUGACAUAUUCCAGCGUACCAUGGAAAGAAUAUUUCAACACCCUUUUAGCGCCGAAUGUUGAAGUAACCGAGGAUGAAGUCGUAAUCGUCAGCGUUCCUAGUUACAUAGCUAAUUUAGAGAAACUAUUAGACACUGUCCCGAAAAGGGUGCAAGCGAAUUAUGUAAUGUGGAGAGCGGCUGCUUCGUCGGUGAGCUAUCUUACCGAUGAAAUUCGAAAGAGGCAAUUGCAAUAUUCGACGGCUUUGAGCGGAAAAACGGAAAGGGAACCCAGAUGGAAGGAGUGCAUCGAUACGGUUUCCGGUAGCUUGGCCAUAAGCGUUGGCGCGAUGUACGUUAGAAAGUAUUUCAAGGAAGAUGCGAAGAAGAACGCUUUGGAAAUGGUAGCUGAUAUUAGAGAAGAAUUUACAGAAAUACUGAAAAAGGUCGAUUGGAUGGACGAUGACACAAGAAAGAGUGCCUUGAAGAAGGCAGCUUCUAUGUCCAGUCACAUCGCGUAUCCAGAUGAGUUACUAGACGACAAGAAAUUGGAAGAAUUCUAUGAAAAACUUGAACUAACAACCGAUAACUAUCUUGAGGGUAUUUUGAAUCUCACCCUCUUUGGGGUUGAAUAUUCAUUCAGUAAAUUAAGGAAACCUGUAAACAAGAGCGAUUGGGUUACCCAUGGAAGACCAGCUAUCGUCAAUGCUUUUUAUUCGUCUAUUGAAAACAGUAUCCAAUUCCCGGCUGGUAUCCUACAAGGUGCUUUCUUCAGUAACGAUCGACCGAGGUAUAUGAAUUACGGCGCCAUUGGGUUCGUCAUUGGCCAUGAAAUAACGCAUGGAUUUGAUGACCAAGGCAGACAAUUCGAUAAAGAUGGUAACUUGGUCGAUUGGUGGGCACCGCAAACAAAGGAAAAUUAUCUGGAAAGAGCUGAGUGUAUUAUUCAUCAAUAUGGAAACUACACAGUAGAAGACGUUGGCUUAAACUUAAAUGGCAUCAAUACACAGGGUGAAAAUAUAGCCGACAACGGUGGAAUAAAGGAAGCCUACUUGGCGUACAGGGAAUGGGUUAAACGAAACAAACCAGAACAAAAAUUACCAGGAAUGUCAUUUUCACCUGAACAAUUAUUCUGGAUAAGCGCAGCUAAUACCUGGUGCAGCAAGUACAGACCGGAAGCGAUGAAGCUUCGCAUCACCACCGGAUUCCAUAGUCCUGGUAAAUUCCGUGUUCUGGGACCCCUUUCGAAUAUGGAGGAAUUCUCAAAGGACUUCAAUUGCCCUCUCGGUUCCAAGAUGAACCCAGAGAAAAAGUGCGCCGUUUGGUAAAUGCGGAAAUUCCAGCUGUUUGACGUAUUGAAACUUGUUCUUCGAUACCCCGAAGAAGGACAUACACGAUGAAAAAAAGAUUCUAUUGAAAAGAACGAUUAUAUUCAAGAGAAAUUCUAUGAAUAAAGUUUGCUGUAUGUAUUUCGGAAUGAUAGUCAUGGAAUUUAUUUGGAAGAAUGAACAGUGAAGGUGUAUUAUUGAUAAUGGAACUGAUGGAAUUUAAUAGAAAGGUGCACGACCAUGAGGAGGAUCUCAGUGAGGUAUUUAAAAGAGGAUCCUCCUUCGUGAAUUGACUUGAAUUACAUGGUACACUUGGGUGCAAGUUAGGUUUCCUUUGGUUAAGGGUAAGUGUAGGUUUCUCCUAUUACUUGGGUGAUCCUAGGAGAACUUAGAUCCGAGGAGAAUCUAGAAGAACUUGAGGAAAUCUUAGGUAGAUCCUAGAAGAGUCUAUGGAGAUUCUAAGUAGAUUUUCGGGAGAUUCUAAAGGGAUCCUAGGUAGACCCUAGGGAGAUGCUAAGGGAAUCCUAGAGAGAUCCUAGAUAAACCCUAGGAAGCUGUUAAGGAAAUCCUACGGAGGUUUAGGGCACUCUCUCAUCUAUACAGUUCCUCUUAACUAAGGAAAGUCUAAAUUGCACGCGACCGUACCCGAUUAACAUUUUUCGCUAAUAUAAGUCUUUUUUAUAAGAGUGAAGCCAAGAUUUUCGCUGAGUAUUGUAAAUAAGAAGCGGCGAAACACAGGAAGGCGCGUCACGAUGAUUAUAAAUUUUAUACAAUUGCGUUUAGAGGUCGAUUAGGCCUGCGUGUCGUCGAGUGAAGAUGCAGAAAAAUGGAACAAGUUAAACUGUGAUGAUUAUGUAGGAAAUGACAAUAAAUAUUGAAACGGUCUUUCGAUUAAAGCUCCCACGAUGACGCGCGUAGAAAUGAUUUGUUAAUUUUAUUUUCAAACGACAAUCGUAUUAAUUGAUACACAAUAAUAGUUGACACAUGUUUUUUUUUUUGCUAUCUGUAUAAUAUUCGUUAGGCUCCGUUGAGCAGCAUAAGGUUGUUGAUUAGAGUUACCACUUCGAAGUACUUAGGCAAUGUAGUAUUAAUCAUAAUUUUUAAUAUACAGGCGACAAAAACAUAGCCUAUAGUUACUUUUAUACCGUUUUAUUAUUUACAUAUCAUAUAUAAAUAUAUGUAUCGCUUAAGCGUUAUCGUUUUGUUCUCCAUUACAGUGGCACUUGUACCGCAUAAGAAUUUAACAGUUAGAAUAACGUUACUCAUAUUUAUUGAAGUACCGUAUUAUUUUAAGUUCGAACAGAUAAAUGUAUUCAGUGUAUUUGUUGAGUAUAAAAUUUUAAUAUAAAAACAUUGAAAAAAAAAAAGAUUUCCAUCUUGUAAAUCUGAUAAGAUAUGUUUAAUUGAAAAGUCUAAUUUCGCAAAAUUAACUACUAAAAAUAAGUUGUAAAUAUGAAAAGUAGUAUAGGCAGUCGACUAUUAUCUACAUAUCUACCAUCUUAUGAAGCUUCGGUACCUGUAAGAUCACCGAAGUCGAGCUAAGUGGGCACGGUUCACGCCAAAGAUGGCUGUUGUUGGCAACCGAGGAAAGGCGGAAAGGGCGAGAAUAAGCGAUUGAAUGAGAAUAAUGAAAUGAAGAAGGUGGCAAUGCAAUGUAAAAGAAAAAAAAAAGUAUUGCGAAAUAAAUCGACAAAAAGUUCGUUGGGCAAAAGAGAGGGGCUAAAAAAGCCCCUAGAAAGCGCGCCAUUCCGGGGAGAAAUACCCCGGAUAAACCGUUAAAAAAUAAAAAAAUUUUAGCCGGUCAUUUUAGGAACUACAUUGAGUAAAACGAUGGAGGAUAAGUUGGAUGCUAAAUGCGAAAUAAGUAAUUAAUAAAUUUUAUUUUUAUUAAUUUAUA